UAUCGGAAAAGUCGACAUCCAGGAGAAUUCCGUCAUUGGAAGCCAGAGCGUCGUCCUCCCCGGAGCAACCAUACAGAAAGAUGUGAUUCUUGGGGCACUUUCAGCUGCACCGAUCAACUCAGUUCUUCAAAGGGGCGGUGUAUACAUCGGAUCAGAAACUCCCAUCAUGAUAAAAAAUACAAAGCACGAGCUUGAUGAGAGGAUCGAAGAAAUGGAUGCAAGAUACAAGAAGAUUGUUGGAAACCUUUCGGCGAAUUUAGCUGCAACGACGCUCAAGGUUAGGACAAGAUACUUUCAUAGAAUCGGAGUAAGCGGAAAAGGAACACUUAAAAUAUACGACAAUAUUAAAGGAUUACCAAACCACAGCGUUUUCCAGCAAGGGAAGACGUAUCCUAUCAUAGUCCGGCAUAGCAACAGUUUGAGCGCUGACGAUGAUGCAAGGAUUGAUGCUCGCGGAGCAGCUGUCCGAAUAUUGUCUGAUGAUCAAACCCCUCUGUUGGACUUGACACUAAAGACAGGCAAGGCGUUUUAUGCACGGACGAUUGCUGACUUCGCAACAUGGCUUGUAUGCGGACUGCCGGCGAGAGAAGAGCACGUCAAGUCUGCGCCGCACAUCAGAGAUGCAGUUUGGAUGUCUCUACGAAACGCAGAAACUUUCACUGAACUGCAUUACUACUCCAACAUCUGCAGGCUAUUCAGGUUCGAAGAUGGACAGGAGAUGUAUGUCAAAUUCAAGUUAAGGCCUUUUGACAAGAAGAUCAAUGAAGAUUCAGGCAAAGUCGAGCCAACAGGGAUUCUCCCUCCAGAAACAGGUGCAAUCCCGCGGGACAUCAACGACAACCGUCCCCUGCUUUUUCUUGCAGAAGAUUUCCAGCGACGGGUGAGCCUCUCUGGCGGGGUUCGCUAUAUUUUCCAGCUACAAAUCCGGCCUGUACCUAACGAUGCAACCGCACAAGAUGCCGCCCUGGAUUGCACAAGGCCGUGGGAUGAGUCCGAGUUCCCCUACACAGACAUUGGAGAAGUGAUCAUCAAUCAAAACCUCACAAAACAACAAUCAGAGGACCUCGAAUUCAACCCGUUCCUGAGAUGCCACGAGGUUGAUGUCAUACAAGCAACAUCCGCCUCCCAGAGCGCUUCCAUCGACCAUGGACGCUCCCUGAUCUACGAAAUCUGCCAAUGCUUGAGAAACAAUGAGCCCCUUCCAGAGGCGUGGCGAGCAUUCAUCGAGCAAUCGGAUGUUAAAGUGGACCUCUCAGGCUGCCCUGUUGCAGCAACAAUGUUAGAAAAAGGGGAUUCGAAUCUAAGCCAAGUAACACUUGCAAGAACCUGGUAUCACAUCGGAGAAGGGGGGUUUAUUGGGAGCAGAGGAAUCGCCAUGCCCGGAGUUGUGGUCGAAGAUGGAGGUUGCCUCGGACCAGUCACACUCGCCAUGAAAGAAGAGAUUAUAAGGAUGAAAACACACAGCUGAGGCCUCGUCCCCGUAAAUCAAAUCGAAACCCUAAUUAAGCUGACGAUCAGAACAGAGCUUCGGGAGUCUGUUGGAUUUAGGGUUUAAACAAUUUGCAGAAGAAAA